AUGGUCGAAUCGCAGCAGCAACCAACAAUUAUACAACGGAGCCCCGCCUCCAUAGGAACCGAGGGGUCAGUCGCGAUAACCAUUGAUGAGUAUAUUAAAAAUUCUGAGACGGGGAGCAGCACUCGCGGGAGCCCGGCGUUAUCGCUUGUCUCAGGUCCUCUAGAGGGGGGCCCAACAAGCAAGUCCAGCGAGGUUGAGCACCGAAACCUACAAUAUGCACAACUCCAACAAGAACUGACUGCUGAGCGCGACAAAUUAAGCCAGCUCCAGGAUACCAACCAGUGGCUCAAAGACAAGAUACUUGAAUGGCGUAAAAAGUGUUCGCAAGUUGAGAAUAAGCUGGAAGAUGAGACCCGGCAGCAUGACCAAACAAAUCGCAUAUUGGAGCGGAAGAAGCGGGACGCCUCCCACUGGCAUCGCCUGUUGCAAGAUGCCAACCGCGAGAUGGAAAGCGCAGCGAACAAUCAGCAGAUUUACCAUCAACUAGAAGACUCCGAAAUUACGGCGCAAGCGAAGCGCCUCCGCGUGGAUAUUCGCGACUUUGCCUUACGAUACGCCGAAACCAACGAGAGUGGCAUUCAUGUUUCCCCCGCCUCAUACUCCAUACUCGAAAAAUAUCUUCAAGUGCCUACAAACAUCCUAAACAACUAUUUGGACUCUCCUUCAUCCCGUUCAUCCAUUAUCCGCGCUUUCCUGUGGGCUUAUCUCCAUGAUAAAGUUUUUCGACAAUUCAGAUGGGUACCAGAAGACGUGGGACAAGGCAUGCGCUCCCUUUGUGACUUUAUAGAGCCAUCGGCCAGAGAACCAUCUGAGUUGAACGAAGAGGUAGAACGCAGGCGAAAGAUGUGGAGGGCUCAUACCAUCAGCUUGGUUCUAGAGAUGAGGAACAGAAGUACGAACGUGAUGCACGACAAUCAUCUUGAGUUCCUCUCGGAAAAAGCAGAGAUCCUUGCUAGUUUCCUCAGUCCUUUAGUCUCAUGCAGCACCCGGGAGCUGAUGGGCCCACUGUCAAGGCUUCUGGAGGAAAGUUUGGCGCUCGACCAAGUGUUCAGCCAGCAAGUUGCACGGUGGACUUGGCACCUUCCCAGUGAUAUUCCUUGCGUAUUUGACGAUGCAACCAUGGAUAGAUCAGAGCAUAAAGAUCUAGAGGGAAACAAUCAUGAAGUCCAGCUGGCCAUGGCCCCUGCCCUCAUGAAGCAAGGCACAUCCUCCGGUGAUGAAUUCUUGAUAAAUGAAGUUCACGUCAAGAUGGAGGUGGAAAUCAAGUAUAAGCCUCUGUCGCAGAGCAGUGGUUCUGGGUUUCGCCAGUAUAUUAAGACCUUAGGGAAAAAGCACACAAAGUGA